GCGGCACUUCGCAAUUACAUGGGAAUGCACUCGGUAAAUGCUGUAAUAUGUGGGAGGAAUCAAGUUACAGCAUCCAUUAUAAGGAUAAUCAGAAGAAUUAAGCAUCUUAAUAUAGUUGGGUACUGGUGUGAGUCUAUUACGUCUCAGCUUCAUGCAGAUGUGGCCGGCAUUAAAGUAAUCAAUAGUACUUUCGACGACCUAUUAUCUCAUAAGGACAUACAUGUAUUGUUUCUGUGUGAUACUCCAUUCAGUCAACACAGUCUUGUGUCUAGACUCUAUGAGCAAGGAAAAACUCUGUCAACUGCAAGCUGUGUGCCACUUCAAGUUACGCCGUAUGUGGUUAUCUUGCCACCUAUAUCACCUAAUUAUGAUCUUGACAUCAUGAAGAAAUUGAGCUUUCGAAUUGGGGUUGCAAUGCCUCUACGAAGACUUCCAACGUCGACUCUUCUAUUUCCUCAUCUUAGCCAAAAUCCAAAACAACUUAAGUUACUCAAUACGUUUGAUUCUCUGCAACUUCCAGCUCACUGGCGUUUGGGUAACCUAGAAAACAUUCAUAUACGAUUGUCAACAUUGAGGUUUGCUGAUGGCUGUGAGUACUCAUGGUUAUGUGAGUCAGAAAAUAUGGGUGGAGGAUUGUUAAAUAUCUUUUGUCCUAGCCUGAUUGACCUUGUAUAUACGCUAACGGGCUUACAGAUGACUUCGGUCACAUGUUUCUGUCGAACAUUUGGGGGAGAGUUGAGUGGUCGUGCACAGUCUCUACGUCGAAUUUCGGCAGAUGACUAUAUUACUGUUUUGGGAGAACUAGACACGCCGUCAGUUCCCGAAGCUCGUAGACCGGUUGUUGUUAUCGUACUUUCUUCAGAUAUCCCAUUCUCAGACGAUAGGAUCUGCAAGCGUACUGAAGUUUACUCAUGUGAAAAUCACCGUUUCAGGUUACAAAUAGAAAUUAUUGGUUCGGGUGGUAGCUAUAUGAUCGAUGAGGACAAAAGACAGAUAUCUUGGACUCCGCGGAAAUUGUGUUUACCUAAGCCUAAACUUGGUUGCGACGAAACUUCACCGACAUCGGCAAAACAUGAGUACAACAACUCCACGCAUGAUCGAUUACUUAAAGGAACUAGUUGUAUGGAUGAAUUAACUAACGGUAAGGAGCUGAAUGGGCAUUCAUUUAGCGCUUUCGGACCAAGCGCUAUGGGGCAGAUGGAGACACAAACCACUCACUUGCUGCGGACACAGACUAUCAACAAAUCAAAUGUACAAAUAAAGAAGUUAGAUGAACUGACAGAAGUUGCGCAAUUAUCACUGAGUGUAAGUCAUGGUAGUUAUCCUUGUGUUGCUGUUGGUUUAUAAUAACUACUGAUAUCCACAUAUAAAGUGGCUGUAUCAUGCACUACUUCUUUCAUGAUUUGUUGUCAGCUAAAUUUAUUUGACACUGAUGAACUGCGAACUCGAGGUUACUGAGAGAAAGUCGUGCAUGUAGAUAAGGUGUUUGACCAACGGCAUGUCGAUUAGUGAUGUAAGUAAAAACUACUUUUUCAGCUGAAGUAAAUUAGCCUCAUAAGAACACUAAGAAAUUUUGUAACAUAAUGCGAUACGGUCUGGCGACAUUAUGUUGUGUGGGAUAAAGGGGAUGGAUAAGGUUAUUCUGGGAAUUGGCUUUCGUUCACUAGUAAUUGCGUUUAACCAAGAAGUCAUUGUCGGUUGACAAGGCCAGCGAGGGGUAUACUUCAUUUGUUGAAUGACAACUCUGCCAACUAAGAAUGGCCUGCUAGAGAUUUAGGAACCUCAAUCCUACUAUGAAGAUUUCGGGGAAAUAGGGUAGAUUAACUCAUACAUCCCUCAUUGUUUUCCGUCGAACAAGCAUAUUGUGGAAAUGAUAUCCGUAUUGGCUUUGUUAAACCUAACAACUUUCUCACUUAACUCAUUGUUACUUAACGGUAUUAAUGCCAUAUCGUUGCUAGUUUCCAAUGUUUACAUGGUGCAGUAAGUUAAACUGAUAUCUGUUUCUCAAACUUCUGUCUCAGUGGUUUUUUACACUAUAAUAUUCGUUUGUUGAAUAAUGGUUCAAUAUAACCCUUAUUUAUCAUUAUGAUACAUACAAGUUCUGCUAGGUUAUUUCAACUAUCUUAAUCUAUUUGGUUGUCUCAUUCAUGAGGCAUCCACAUGUGUGGUAUGUGAAGCAUAUUUACGCUUAUCUAUUUCGGACCAAUGAACUCAUGUUCUGCGAAAUCGGUUACUUAUAUUGAAGUCAAAUCUACUAAGCUCGGUAGAUUACAUUUGCUAAGAAAGCUUGUAAUAACCUUUUUUACAGAUGGUGCUGAGAGUUAGUCCACGUCACAACGCAUCGUUUCGUUUUUAUACACUUAUAAAGACUUAGCUGAGUUGUUCAUAUAACAUUAAAUUUCAACUCGACGUUUAACCUGGAAUCAGGAGAAGGCGUGCAAUAUUGCCAACUAUCUGUGGUCGGAGAAACGUGGUCCAAUUGGUUCAGUAAUUUAACGACAGGCUUCUCGGAAUCAAAAUCCUUUGAAUCUCUACUGGCACUACCGGAUCAUUGGGGUUAUAUCCAGUCAGUGAUACAAGCGAUUUCUAAAUCUGCGAGACUAAGAUGUUGGAUCGAUGUGGAGACUGGUGAACGUAUUUAGUACUUUAACACGAACUUUAUGCAAGAAAAAGGUGAAGCGUCUGACGUCUCACGGUCCUGAUCUCGAAUAUGCUUUAUAUGAUGCUGCAUUUUAGUCAAAAACGACUAGUCCAAAUCCUGCUGAGACUACAGUACUUGAUUUAUACUCAGAAAGUUCAAGAACUAUGGUCGCGAAAACUAGUAUUGUAUAUAUACUUCCCAAAUAAAUUACGUUAAAUCAGU